AUGGCAAGUAAUAGUACAAUAUUUUCGACAAACGCCGAUAACAUACAAGUAUUGGCUAAUUUGGCUCCAUAUGUUACAUGUAAUGACAAGAUAUCACGGAAUACUAGAAUACGAGGCUUAAUUAUUAUCCCUGGUGGUGGUGGUAAAACAACUUUACUCUCUUCCCUAUACACAAAAGUCGCUUGUGCUGAUAUCGAUGACUAUUGGGAUCAAGAACAAGAACAGAACCGUAUACAAGAACUAACAGUUGAUUGGAAAGAGGCUUGCACUAACAAUAAUCUAACUAAACGGCAUCAAAUUGAAGACGAGUAUGUGUUAUUAAAAGCAAAAUUAAGCAAACAAAAAUGGUCACAUGACGAGAUGUAUGAUCUAUUGUUUGUUCAGACAUAUGCACAAGCCUCUGUUCUUCUAGAUGAAAAUUGUUUUGCAUUGAAUUUACUACCUACAGCUCGACUGCAUCAUUCGAAUUUGUAUAGACGAGCAAAAUCAGAACAUCCACCACAAGAUUUUGACGUUUGCCUCACACAGUGGAAAGAAAAUGAAUUGUAUUCUCAUGUAUUGUAUGACACUUUUGAGCAACUUGAGAAGAUUGUGACUUUGUUUCAUCAGUUUAUUUCGUCAAAUAGAAAUUGA